AUGACGACCCUACUUCUUCCACUUGUCCUCGUGGCCCUUGCGGCGAGUCUUCAGCAAACUGCUCCACUAGUAGCAAGCCCCUUCUCAUCUGGGGCAGGUCUCCUGUCUCGAGGAGUCUCAGGUCACGAGCAGUUCAAUAUCAACACUGACUACUAUUCCAAAUGCCCAGAAACUGGAGUUGUGAGGGAAUACUGGUUUGACAUCACGAAUAUGACGGCCGCCCCCGAUGGUGUCCGAAGGGCCAUGAUGCUGGUCAAUGGGCAGUACCCUGGUCCCACCAUCGAGGUAGACUGGGGGGACACCGUUAAGGUUCAUGUACAAAACCGCCUGGAAAACAACGGCACCAGCAUUCAUUUUCAUGGGGUCCGACAGUUUCUUAAUAACCAAAUGGACGGCGCAGUCUCGGUUACCCAGUGUCCAAUUGCCCCCGAGACGAGUUAUACCUAUACUUGGAAGGCUGAGCAGUACGGAACAAGCUUCUAUCAUUCCCAUUUCUCACUACAGGCGUGGGAGGGGGUAUUUGGCGGCAUUAUUAUUCACGGCCCUGCGGCGGCUGACUAUGAUGAAGACCUUGGCGUUUUGUUUCUUAAUGACUGGCCGCAUCGCACGUUCAACGAAAUAUAUAUUAACCAAAUCAGAAACCCUGCGACCCCGGUCAUCGAUACUGGUCUAAUCAAUAUGACCAACGUGUGGACUACUAGUGAUGGUGAGACAGUUGGUCAAAGGUUCAAGACGGAGUUUGUCCCUGGGAAGAAGUAUCGGAUUCGCCUUGUGAACGCUGCUAUGCACGCUCACUUCCGAUUCUCCAUAGACGACCACAACCUAACAGUCAUCGCCAGUGACUUUGUGCCAAUUGUCCCAUUCGCAACCAACAACAUCGCCAUCGGAAUGGGCCAGCGCUACGAUAUCAUCGUCCAAGCCGACCAACCCGUUGAUAACUACUGGAUCAGGGCCGUUCCUCAGUCAGCCUGUUCUAAUAUCCCCACCGGCGACAACAUCAAAGGCAUUGUCCACUAUAUAGGGGCAGAGGAUGGCGAGGAUCCAACGACCGUUAAAUGGGAUUACGGAGACGACACACAGUGUCUAGACAGGCCAAUGUCAGACCUUGUACCCUGGGUCGCUCUUGACGCCAUGAUCUCCAACACAACCAGCCUCAACGACGCAGUCGCUCCCACGAACGCCGGAGGCAUAUUCCUAUGGACCAUCGGUGGCCGGGCCUUCAAUGUUUCGUGGAAGGACCCUACCCUCCAACACUCCUCCGCCACGGGUAUGAAAACCACAAUCCCUGACCCGGGAGCUAUUAACCUCCCCGAAGCAAACCAAUGGGUUAUCUUCAUCAUUGCUACCAACCAGGGAAUCCCGCAUCCGAUCCAUCUUCAUGGUCACGACUUCUAUAUCCUCGCCCAAGGCAUCGGCCCCUUCUCCAGAAGCAUCCCCUUGCAAACGCGUAAUCCUCCCAGACGGGAUGUCGCUCUAAUGCCGGCCGAGAGUAACGGGGGGUACUUGGUAAUAGCGUUUCCGACCAAUAAUCCCGGAGCUUGGCUUCUACACUGCCAUAUGGGUUUUCAUUCAUCGGCGGGCUUCGUACAGCAGAUUGUUGAGCGGCAAGAUGAGUUCUGGAAGUUCCUCAAUCCAGAGCUUUUGAAAGACACGUGCGAGGCAUGGGAUGAUUAUGCCGCUGUCAAUCCAUAUGGGGUACAGUAUAGAGGAACUAACGGGCCGUACGAGUCUGGGAUGUGA